GUGCCACCGUAUUGCACUUCUCGUCUUUCUUUGGAGUCGCAUUUUCCGCUCGUUCUUAUAACUAUCCGCUUGUCACAUGCGUAGUAGCUGCAUGUGCAUGUGUGCAAUGCAAAUUUCGCGACAUGCAGCAAUAUAUUAGUGAUCGCGCCGGUAACGGUCAUCGUUCUAAUUGUAAUAUCAGACAUCUGGUUAGUUUUCUCUUCCUUCAAGCAUUCCGAUAACGUUCUGCGUUGGUCAUCACUUAAAAUCAUCUUUAGAAUUUUCCGCCGAUACCGAAGGUCACAUUAUAUCUGAAUAUUUCGUUUCAUUUAACAUUCUGCAUUCUAUUGUAUUACUUGAACCGAAUAAAGAUGCUUGCGCCGCUCUAACAUAUGGUGUGAAAAUGUUUUAACGCGUUUGAACAUAAAUGUCACGGAUGACGCAUAUUUAUCGCGGAUAUAACCAAAAGAAAUCUGCAAAGAAGUCUGUAAAGAAAGAGCCAUUCAAGUACGAAUUUGUUGUUGAUUGAAGCAGUGAAAGUUCUUUAUUGUACGAGCAAAUUUUCCCUGAUUAAAGUCGCAUAAUUUGCCUGUUUCAAUCUAUUCUAUUGUUGUCAGGCACACUCGGAUGCUGAAAAAUAUAUUCCAAGAUCGACGAUCUUCCUUCUACGUAGUAUAAACAAUCAAAUUGCACUGAGUCUUUAAUUUUCAUUUCUUCUGCGAUUUAAUCGGUAAUUUCUCGCGAUUCUAUGUAUAUAAAUUCCCGGAGAUAACAUUAUGGUUGAAUAAUUUCGCAAGGAAAGAUCUUUUAAACGACGUGGUCAAAACAUCAAAGUUAUUGUAACAAAAUCAGCGAUUUUACAAUAUCACGAUGGGUUCAAAAAUCGAAUAUGUCGAAUCUUCGCAUAUGUACGCGACAAAUUACAUUCGUAAUUCUAAAGCAAUCGGCGUGUUGUGGGGAAUAUUUACCAUAUGCUAUGCCAUUAUUGGUGUUGUUGCGUUUGUUACACCUGAAUGGCUUGGCGAUUUAGAACAUGAGAAUCCGGGAAGAUUCGGACUGUGGAUCAGAUGUAGUUACGGCAAUGGUGAACUAGGAGAAGAAUGUAUCGGUCGAUUGGAUGAUCUAUCGACAAUCGCUAAUGUUCCCUUCCGAGCUAGUACAAUUCUAGUUGGCAUCGCAGUGAUAAUCGCACUAUUGGCAAUUUGCGCGAUGCUCAUGUUUUUUUUCUGCCAGAGUACCACUGUUUUUUAUAUGUGCGCUUGGAUGCAAGUGGUCUCAGGAAUCUGUAUGGCAAUUGGAGUGUGCAUUUAUCCUCUCGGUUGGGAUUCGCCAAUAAUUCGUGCUGUUUGCGGCGCAGCUGCAUCGAGAUACAAUCCUGGUGCUUGUGCCGUGAGAUGGGCGAUACCGCUCGCUGCAAUUGCAGCUCUGGAUGCGACUACCUUGUCUGCCCUUGCGUUUAUUUUAGCAUCUAGACAUGUGAGACUCCAACCAGAGCCUUUCAAUAAUGGAUCUUUGUACAAAGGAGAAGUGAAUCCAGGAUAUGUUAACGAAGCUCAGAGUGUUGCUGGUUCCCGCAAGUCUUUGUCUUUGAGACCAGUUCUUCUGGUUGCUCCACCUGAACAGGACCGCUAUAGCGAACUCUCUAGAGCAAAAUCGCAUUCGCAUCAUAGCUUGUACACAUCAGCACCGUCACAUCCGGUGCAUACUAUGUCCACAAAUACUCUCAAUCACUCGCAACAUAAUUUCCAGCUCUAAAUGAGCUGAUAGUUGCGUAAGAAUUAAAUAGAUCUGUACAUAAAGAUGUGAAAAAGAACAACAUUGUACAUAAAAAACUGGCAGAAAUUUUUAUAAGAUCAAUAUAUUUUAAGUGUAAUUACUUAAACCACUUGCA